AUGUUCUCUCCCUUCCGAGGGCGUCGGGUGGAGGAGCCGGGGGCCGGAGGGAAGGUACUCCGGAGUAGGCGGCGGGCGGUGUCGGCGUCGCCCUACGCUCGGCCGGAGAAUUCGCCCCCGCCGCCGGUGCCGCAGAGUGGAAACCCUAAGUGGUUCUCCGGCAUCAUCUCCGGCGCGGGGAGGCUGAUCUCGUCGGUGUUCCGGUCCGACAGCGGCGAGUCUUCGUCGUCGUCGUCUUCGGAUGCAGACGAAGGCGACCGCGACAGCUCCGGUGUGUUUUUCUCUCCCUUUGUCUUGACUUCUGCACUCGAACUCGUAGGAGCGCGACACGUCUAUUAUUAUGUAGUUCUCGUCUUGAAGUCUAUGGACCUCAAACUCACAAAAGUUUUGUUCAGUAGAGAAUCGUUUGCAUCAGAAACCGAAAUUUGUUUGUGACAAGUGAAAUUUGUCACAAAACUUUCCUCCAGCUCAAUGAUUUCUCUCGCCUUAGCUUUCUAGAACUUUUUCUCCACGAUUUUUGGGGAUUAUUGGUGCGCGUUUACCUUCUGGCAUGUCACAGUACUCUCGUAAUUAAUACCAGAAGAAAAUGUAUCCGCCGUGCACGAAAAUACAACGGACAAUGUCGUGAUUUCUGUAACGGAGUUUACGGUAUAUUUCUUUCGUAUGAGAUGGAUUCGAAUUUUUUUAUUCAACUACCCUCCAUCUAAUCGAUUUUGUCCCUCUUAAAUCUCCGAUUUCAUUAACUCUAUUACUGUUGGUGAUGAAUUUUGAGUACAGAAUCUUUCUUUUCAACUGUUAGGCUUACCUUUGGUGUAUGGUCCUAUAACCUUUUAGACAGUCACACAUCAUUCUCAAAUACUUUAGCAUGCCUGCAACCAUGCGGUUCGACUAAACAACUAUGCCUAUCGCAUAUUAAUGAGAAUCUGUAGUUUUUAUGAAUUUAUCCAACCAAGAGACAGAUCAGGCUUACCAUAAAUUAAAACAGGUGAUAUACCAAUUUUUAAUCACCAUUGCCACGAGUAUGCGGAUCCACACAAUUUGAAGGUAGCAGGAGUCACAAACCAUUCAGAAAGUGUUUCUAUCAUCAGAAAGCAAGUUCCUUCCACACGAAUAGAAUCCCAAACCUAAACAGGUUUGAAGCUGUGAUCAAGCAAGAUGCUUAUGCAGCUGGAUUGUGGAUCACCCUUGAUUCACCCUCUCGUUAGGAAAUAAAGGCAACCUGUCCUUUGAUACUUUUCCAUGGCUGCGAGUUGCCCUUUAUGUUUGGUUUCGAUGGAGUUGAUUAAUUGUUGUCUGAGAUCACUUUCCAGACAUCAUCAGAUUUUUUUCUGAAGUUCUGAGAAUAUCUUUCCCUGCUAUUCUCCUCGUAUAGUCAGUAGCAUUCGUGAGAACGACAAGGACUACCUUUCUGUCUUCCUCAUUCACACUGUCCUUCCACAAGGAUGCUGAUUCUUAUUUGGUUUUUAAAGGAGAUAGAUCGUACGCUUUCCUGUACUUCUCUUUUAUACUGUACCCUAUCUGGAGAGAGUUUUGUCCUUCUACCCGUCUAGUCUGGUGUGCCAUUUUCUUUAUAUUUUUUAAAUUUACCAUCUCAUUUUGGUACGCUAAAAAUACUAAAUCGGCAAUUCAGAACUUUUGCCCUGGAUUUUUCUGACAAUUGGUUUUUUGACUCUCUUUAUCCAGAACGUACUGCUUUCUUUGGGAAAGUUAGCUUUUUAGCGACGGUUUUGCUGAUCUGGCCAUUUUUGAUCUAGUUCGGGCCAGGGGUAUCAAUUGUCCUCGCAAUUUUUUUAAGAGAACAAUGAAGGAAAUCAACUAAUCUGGAUUGAAGCGGUCAAUUUGGACCAGAACGGGCAUUCUUUCUAGAAGUUGGAGAUUGUACGUUACUUUCAAGAAAAAGUUGUCGGUUGUGACUGCUGUUCAUAGUCCUGUAUAGUUGUCAGGUGAAGCAAAAUAUAAUGAUGAAAUGAAGAUAGUAGUUGGCGUAAUGCUGAAUCGGGUGGGAAAGUACCCCUCAUAUGUAACACUCCAACUGCCAUUACACACUUUACACUAGCAGGCACAACCGUUCCUUUACCACAAGUUCCAAGACUCCUCCUUUUUCUUCCCCACCUGAUGUCAGCGGCUUGGGGUUGGGAUGAAGGCAACGAAGUAAACCAAAGGUUUUGAUAACUUACUGUUUUUGAAUAAACUAUAAUUAAAAUAUCUAUAAAUUCAUUUUUGCAAAUGGUGAAAGUGAUAUUUUAUUGUUAGAACUUAGCGAUCCAAUUUGAUCUGAAUUGAGAUCAUAUCCGAAUUCAACUGCAGUGGGUCUUAUUCUACUAGCGUUCUUUAGAUGUACAUAGUCAUAUUGAUAUUCUCUAGUUGCUAGAAAGCUACUAUUCACAAAGCCUAAAAAACCAGCCAGAAAUCAAUUGAUUACACUUUGAUUUACCAAUUUUCUGUGGAAUUGGCCUCUUUAAGUGUUACUGGGGUAAGGAAUAUGUCAAUGAUGUGUUGUAUCCACUACUGUAAGAUGGAGGGCAAAGAUGCCACCAUCUCUUAGUUAGAACCCUUCUAUUUCUCUCGUGAAAAUGGGGAAUAUAGAGCAUGGGGAAGGGAGAAGGGUAUUUUAAAAAAAAGUGUGUUUUUGUUAUAUCCAUUUAGUCAAGCUUCAUUUUAGUAGUAUUGCCCUUUUACCUAAAGAAUAUUUAAUAUUUUUUAAAAAAAUUAAGGUAAAGGUUUCAAAUUUCGUGACAAUGUUUCAAAUUAAGGGAAUCUGAAGCUAUAUUGAAUAUUGUGUAAGCUCCCUAGGCUCAUUGUAGAUAACUUUCUGGACAAUUAUUGCAGAUGGAGAUGAGAAUGGCGAUGAUUAUACCAAAGAAUUGCAGACGUUGGACGAGGUAAUUUAUAAAACCUUAUUAUCAUAAAAAUAUUUUGGUACCAUAAUCCUGGAACCAGCUCAUGAAAUUGAUUGAUUAACAACAUGCUAUUUUCUCCGUAUCGUUGGUAAAUGACAGAAGAAUAUAUUUAGUUUAUGUGCAUGCUUUUAUGCCUUGCCCAAGUGUAUAGAUAAACCACUAAUGUGAUUUUCCCUAAUAUGCAAAUGUGCAUUCCUGUUAUCUGAUAUAGUUGUUGCAAAAAUAAUGUACAUUUAAAGAGGUAAGAAAUUAGGAAUUUGUCUGAUAUAUGCAAAUAAUUACUUUGUCUCCUCACUUCACCAGAUUGUAGUGCCAGCAGUGGGAAUAUAUUCUUGCUGUACUUUUUAUACUUGUCUUGCUCCCUAUGUAAUACACAAACAGAUCUUCUAGAUUUCCCUUUCUUUGUGAUAUUAUCAAAGGCCACUAACUUGUAAAUCAUUUCUGAAGUUCUUUGAUGCAUAUUAGUCUGUAAUAUUAUUCAGUCCUUUGUGUCGAAUCGUUUCUUCUUUUGCAAGGAAUAAGAAAUAAAAAAGGUGGUAGUUCUGCCUUAGAGUUUGAAAGAGGGCGACAAUCUUCUACUUGGUGGAAUAACUCACCAUCGUACUAUUGAAAUGUGAAUGUACAAAAAUCAGGGUAGCCAUUUUCAGUUCAAGAAACAGAUGGAGGCAAAGUUGUAGAACUACCGCAAUGCUUAUUUGGAGGAUGUAUACUGCUCAAUGAUUUUUGUAAGAGACAUUUACAAAUGUUGCCCUUUAAGUACUUUAAGGAAGAUACAUUUUGGGUUCAUUCAGAGGUUUUGUCGCCCCAUGUCAUGCUGAGAAUUGAGGGUAACAAAGAAUGUCUUUCUACUGGAGAAGAUUCAUCAAGAUGAUUGUAAAAAUUGGUUGCUCCGUUCUCAAUGAAGUCAAGGAGCCAAUCUAGGAUGCAGCGUUCCUCAGGUUCGGUUGGAUUUUCACUGGAUUUCUAGGAAUGUUUUUUGGGGUUUAUAAAAGGAUAUAUCAUGAGAAGAAUGAGAGCUUUAGGAAAGACUUCUUUUCGCAAUCAGGUGCUGACUCCCCUAUUGCCAGAGGUAAGAUUAAUCGUCUGAGCUUAGGACAGCAGACUACUUAAUAGAUUCUACAGGAUCUUUUACUAAUUGUUGGUUAUUACAUUGAAAGGAGUUCCAAACCAGUUGGUGGAUAGAAGCCAACGAGCUUUCCUAUAAGGGUGAACCAUAUCUGACACUUUUAUUAAAAAGAGCUAUGCACUUCAAUUGAAAUCGAAACGAAAAUACUAUAAUUCUCGUAGGGCCUAAACAUAAAUAAAUUAAUUGUGUUGGUUAUCAAGACAGAAGCUUUCAGUUAUGUUGGUUGAUAAAUGUUAGUGGUUCAUUUAGGUCUUUAGAAGCUGCAGGCAGGGGAUCAUGUACCACCUUUCCUACUCUUGAUGAAUAAGUACCUCGAUCCCAUGUGGAAGAAAGCAUGGAGGCUAAUAUAUCUGAUAAAAAAUAGGUAAAUGUAACAUUUCAUGCUUGUGCCAAUUUGUUAUUACACAGUAUUUUGAGGAAGAAAGUGACGGAAUGGUACCUGAUAUUUGAAAAAUAUCGUUGUUAUUUGUUGGGAUCAUGGGCAAACCAAAACAUGUGAUCUCUAGUUUUGGUUUUCGAAGGAUAAAUCGUCUACUUGCUAACCUGGUGGAUUGUCAGUUACUCAAUUUCCUGUUAGAUAUUUAGUGGUUCCAAUAUCAGAUAAUUCCAUAGGACCCAGGACUGGAACAACCUUUUUACAAGGUUUACUGGAAAUUAGAAUGAUAAAAAUUCACAGCGGCCAUCAUUGUAAUUGGACCAGAUGAGCUUCCAACGAAAUUGCAGGUCAAUUCUUUUUCCUGUCUGUUGAAGUAUUACCAGAUUCGUGGACUUUAUUUUGCAUUUUCACAUUGCAGCUGGGUUGGAUGGUGUAUUCGACUUUAGGAAAAGAGUGUUUUUUUUUAUGUCUGUGAGUUGUCAUUGGACGAAGAACAGGCUGUUCAAGCAAUAAUCUGGGGCUUAGCUUUGGUUUCUAAAGUUUUAGGAGGAACCGUAGCGGUUCUCUGAUGCCUUGUCUAUUGCGAUGUCUUUAUGGAAUGUUGGAAUGUUAGUUGAUAAUUAUUUCCGUACAACUUUUCCUGGUAACUUUUUAAGCAAGAAUAGGAGGAGAGAAAAAUGGUUAAAGUCGUAAUUUAAAGGACAAUUCAUCGAGGUGUUACCUGAAGAGAAUAUUACUUCUCUUUUCUACGUGUCUUACCCGAUGAAAUAUAGCUUAUCAUUAGUAAGAAUUGUAAUUAACAUAUCCUUUGGCUUCAUAGUAUUCUUGCCAUCAAAUCAUGGGUUAUUUCGAAGCUAAAAACGCGGAGAAAAUCUAUUUUUUGUGUUAGAUAUAACACCCCGGUAUUUAUCUUAUCACAGGUUUAUAUUAACUGAUUACUUUAACUGACAGAAUUGUUGGGCUUUUAACAUUCUAACUUUGACCUCAUAUGAUCAGACAGGGAGGAGUUAUAAAUCGUCUGCGGAGUGUGCCAAGGGAUCACAAUUGGCAAGUCAAUGGAGUGAAAGGAAACUUGCCAUCAAACAGUUACUUCUGCAAGAAACAUUUUCAAGGUCGAACAUUGAUAUUCUUGGUUCUGUUCAUUAGGUUCUGUACUUGCUUGAUGCUUUCUUUGGUUUUUUUUUCUCUUCAUAAGAAGGCCUGUACCAUACAAUACCCGUUCUCAACUUUUGAGCGUAUCCUGAUCUAGAAAACAAACGUCUGAUUAGUGGGCCAAUUUAUUUUUGAAGUUUUACAUGCUCCUGCAAUUUUCUGCUAUCUACAAGGGAAAGCUGCUUCAUGUACUCUUUAACGGGCUAUGGCAAGUGGUUCUUUUAGUUUCUCCCUUGGACUUGCAGUUUCAUGUUGACAUCUUGUCAACUCUCUUGAACAGGGGGUAGCUUCACCUUGGGGAAUCCGCUUCAGGCCACUACACUUGUCAAAUCCUCUGGGACCUAAGCAGGUCUCAGCCUUCCUCCUAAUAGGAUAAGGCUUAUGAAUGAUUGACUAAUUUACAGCAUGAUCCAUUUUCUUUGUUUGUUGCAUUUUCUUGGAGGGCUUGUUUCUGUUUUAUUUUGGUAGUGGUCUUUAAAAAUCGUGUAUACAUGAUACAAAAAGUGUUGCACGUUCUUAGAUUAUUUCGAAAAUUAUCAAGGGUAGACAAGGAUUCUUACUUCGUACAUUUGUCAGCCUUUUUUGCCAUUGUGUCAGACAAGUUAUCAUAAUCUUCCCGAAUUCCUGUAAGAUUGAAAGGAAUCUACCCAUCGUGCCUUACUAACUUUUAGGUAACCUUUCCCCUCCUUUCUUCUGGGAUUAUAGAUUGGAACAAUAAAUAAGACGCUUUGACCAGAUAGUGGUCCAUUAAGAUUUUCCCUUGCUCUUUAAAAAUUUUCCUUUUCUACCUUUCAAAAGCUAUUCAAUACCUACUCAUUACUGAUAUUCGGUUAUGUUUGAAGUGAGCCCUAUGAUGGGAUUGCCAGUACCAAAGCACGAGAGCUUUGGCCUAACCUUUUUUCAGCCCGAUUUUAUUUGACCUUUAGACAUCCAAAUUUCAUGGUAGCUAACUGGUUGAGUUAGAGACCAUAGAAGAAAGUUUAAUCAGCACCGGUGCACCAUAUAUAAGGCAAGGAGUUAUAAAGAAUCGUCGUCAUGAUGCUGUAGAUUUGUGAGACAGCAUCAUGCGCUAUCUUUUUCCCUUUUUGGGGGAUAUUGAGUAAAUUCAAGCGUUUCUGGGGAAAGAAGCACGUUUUAUUUGCUGAAUCUUUUAUAUGUCAUGAGUAAACGAUUAUUUAUUAUGUACUAUCGGAAGUGUAAUUCUUUUCACAAACCAGAUCACAUCCCAAGACAUAUGGCAUAAAUUACGUUAAUAUAAUUACGGAAAUACAAUGUCCGUUUUCUGAAUCAUAUUAUUGUUUAUCCCACGAUCUGCAAAGAAUGCGGACGGGACAGAACUCUGAAAGUAAAUCUAAGAAAUAAUACAGCCAAGGAAACGCAUGUUUUCUUCUGUCCUUAUGCCAAGGUUCAGGCAUUUCAGGAAAAUUGGAUUACUGACACUUCAAAUCCAGUUCUGCUCAGUUCAGCCUCUCAAUCAUGAACAGCUAAUACUUUGAACCGUAUUGUUGAGCAUGUCUCUUUUUGCGCUACUGGUAACCUUAUGUGCAACAUCUACGAGAAUAAUUUUGCCUGUAUGUUUAUUUCUGUACUCCUAUGUCAUAGGCUUCCUGCAAACACAGGCUGCUUAGAAUAACGUGCUGUACAAUUUCUCUUUAUUAUUAAAUGUGGUUCAGUUGGUUGUUGUUGAUGCAGACGCAGAUUUUUUUCCUUUUUAAUUUGUAUCUCUAUUUGUAUUGUUGGUUACCUUUGAUCAGGAUGCAGAUUUUCUUAUUCUGUUAUUGUUUUUGCAUUCCUGUUUGCCUUUUAUAACUGCUGACGGUGUGAUUUUCUGCCCUCUUUUAGGGAUGAAAGUGAUAUACUAAUAAAGAUAAUCCAAUCACGGGUUGUAGAUGCCACUGAAGUUGUAAGAUUGGGGGAACAAACAGAGGUUCCUGAGAAAACUGUUUAUAGUGAUUUGACUUUCUUAGGAACUUGGAGGUCGCUGAAUAGGGGAAGGAAGUUUCCUGAGGGACUUCCAUAUUCUUCCAACCAUCUGAAUGAUCUUUCUUUGGGGACGUCGCUUCUUCAUGGCUACACCCAAGAUCUGUGUGACAAAGCUGUAAUGGAGGCGAAGCAAUGGCUGGACAAGAAAAAACUGGAGUCAGCGUCAAAAUCUGAACGAGAUUUUGGCCCUUGCACGUUGAACACAGACGUGAGUCAAUAUGUCAGUUCUUCCUUGUUUUGGCUUUUCGAAAAAGAAAGUUCCUUUAUCAUCGAGCUCAACGCUUAGCUGUAGUGGUGCACUGCUUUUGUUUUCAUUGUCUGAUACAUUUCUUUAUAAUUAUAUACGACAGUUGAUAGUUUGCCGUGGUGUACCAAUGUGUUUCCAGAUAAUUGCAAUGAUAUUACUGUGUUGUUGUAUAACUUUUUGACUGUCUUGUGUUAUACUGUAUUGUAUUCAAACGCGCAUAUCUACAAUUAUGUAUUUUUGGUGAAUCGGUCUUUCAGUGGUUUAGAUUGAAAGGGAUGAAAACCUGUCUGACAGGACUACCAUUGAACAUUUGUGCACCUAUGAUAACUGAAUGCAGUUCAAUUUAAGGAUCGUGUCCCAAAAUGUACAAUUUUUUAUCAAAUAUCAGCAUCAUCAUAAAUUGUUAGGGUCUACUCUUUCUCCAUCAUCAAUGUGAACCGCCUGUCUUCCCAAAGAAGAUAUUUUCGUAGUAUCUCUUUACCUUUAGGAGGCACCCUCAGUUCUCCUUGGAGACCUGUCUCAAUAGCUUAAUCCUAGUGUUUUUAUGCAACUCUGCUGUACAGAGUAUCAAUUACUAUUUUGCCACAUGGUCCUCUAGACUUGUGCUUAUGUAAGGUUGGUACUUUUUUCAGCAACUGGAAGAUGAUGCGGGUUCACCUGUAGACAUUGCUAAAACAUAUAUGCGAGCCCGGCCUCCAUGGCAGUCACCAAUAUUGAGCAGCAUUGGAUUCAAGACUCCGCCUACCGGAAUGCUUCUUUUCAAAGAUGAAACACCAUCCAUUAUUAGAGCCGAUUUGUCGUCUGCAUCUCAGGUAAAUUAUUUUCUCAGGAAAAAUUAGCAUCCGUGAUUCAAUUUCUCAUAGCAUGAUAGAAAUUACUCUCAGAAAUGCGAAUGUAAGUAUGAAGAAUUUGCGAGAAUUAUUUGAUCUUUUUUUCGACUUUGGUCCCGUUGAUGAUCGGUAUCAUACCAGAUUAUAUGUUUGGUAAUAUUUGUUGAUAUCAAUGAUGAAUGGUCUGUCCUUCUGAAGUUUAGUUGUAUUCAUGUGUAAGGUUAUUCAUAAAUAUGUGAACAAAAGGGUUGGUUGGUUAGUGGAGAGCUUCUGCUCAUAGUUUCUUCUCACAUUAUUCCUUUCAAUAAACUUGCUGAAGUGGAUUUGCCGUGCAUUUAUUCGUCCCCUCUCCGCACUGAAUUUCGACCAAGAAAUUUGUUAAAGGGGGUCUAAAAAUGCAUGAAUGGAUAUAUUCAGAUGUAUUUGCCAAGAUACGCUAACCCUUGAUUUUGGUUUCUCAUGAUCUCAACAUUUUCAAGUAACCGAUUAAGUCCUCAGAGCAUUGCCUUUCAUCCAUGGUACCAUUGGCAACAAACACUACACUCGAAUGGGUUCCUAACAUGAAUAUUUCUUUGUUCCAGUGCCUUUCUAAUCUACUCGCCCUUGUUUGUGGAUUUUGGGGCCUGAGAACUCGGUCUUGACAACUUAAAAAACUACUUUAUAUAACAAUAUUGUUAUACAGUUUCCUCUGGUAAUUGUAAUGAAUGGAUGGAAUGUCUCAGAAUGCUGUCGCAGUUCAAAGCGAAGUCAUUGAAACAAUUUUCCAAAUGGAGACAUAUGAUAUGUAUUUUUAGAUAAUUUUCCUGGGCUGUCAAUCUUUUAGUUUUUCAAUCAAUGCCAACAUUUGGAAUGAUGUAGUAGAGAUCAAGCACAAGGAUUCAAUGUUUAUCAGAAUCUGUUAUCAAUCAGAGAACCAAAGCUGUGAAUGUCAUCCAAAGUAAAAUCAUCUGGUAUUAUUUUAAUAUGAACAGUCUUGGACAUACUAAGGGCGAAUUACACAGUAUACCAUGGUUUUACGCAUAUUCAUCAAGCAUUAAGUUAGUUCAAUAGGUCCGCCUUGAAUGGGAGGAAUAUCUAUGUUUUUAUCUUCGCCUCGGGGAUAGAUAAGAGAGGAGACCUAGAGGUGGCUAGAUAUUGGGAUUUGACUUGUUUGAUCACAAUUUAUGUCAUUCUUGCAUGUGUAUGUCAGAACUAAUGCGUCCAGAAAAUGAAGAAUGGUUUCGUGUUUUUCUGUAUGCUUAUUUAUAAAGCUGUUUAUGGAGGACACUUACAUAAAGUAAGAAAAUCAUAUUAAAGCACAUUUUUAAGUAUAAUGCGCCCCAAUUGAUUCAUUCUCCGAAUAUGCCUUUUCAGGACAUGAAAAGGAGCUAUCUUCCCCCUGUUAUUGAUGAUUCUCUUAGUCUGCGUCUGAUGUCAACGGAGAACACACCGGACCGAAGUAUGCUCCAUCUAGAUGAGAGUAUAUUAGAGCAUGAAACUCACCAAACCGCUGAUGAAAGUGAUCCAACAGAGGCUACCGUAAAUCACAGUGAUGAGCCAUUAUCAGCUAUUGAAACAUUGAAGGCACUAGAUGCAUCAAGCACGCCUGAAAACUUGUCUGUGGAACUAAGCUACCCUGACAUAGUCUUCAGCUCCCCCAGCCAACGGGCAGUUGAAAUAAAUACUUCAACUUCUUUGCCAUCGCCAGAGGCACCAAAGCCAUUUGGUUCAUCUGCAAUCGUGCCUGUAAAUUUGUGUGUGGAAGAUGAUUGCCCUGAAGAAUUUCCCAGUUCGCGUGGUUCAAAAACAUUUGUUGUUGACCAUUCAUCAAAUGGCGAGGUCAACACCGAGGCUGAAAUGAAAAAUGAGGUUAUCAAUCUCUGUUCUACUAAUCUUAUUCCGGAUCCUGAAGACGACAUUAACGUGAUGGAUUUCAAGGAUGAAAGACCAGCAAGAACUAUAUCACCACAAGCAACAGAGACUGUGUUGGAAUCUUUAUCUAUUAGCCCUCAGCCUUCGGAUGUAGGGCUUAUUGGAGAUGGAACGUAUUCGCCUUUUGGUGCUGAUGCCAGUGAUAUCCUCAUUAUUGACUCAAGCCAGGUUAUCAUUUACUCCCUUGUUUUCUGCCCCUUGUCAACAUUUUUGUCUCUUAAUGGGCGCCUAUCUUUUUGGUAAAGCCUGCCCUUCUCUGUGGCUAUCCAACACACAAGAGAGGGGGGAGAUCUGUAGAACUUACAUUGCCUGGAAAAUAAUUAGACUUAAUUUUUGAAGGACUUUGAGGAGACUCAACGAAUGGAGAAACAAGUCGACCGCAUGUCAAUUGAUGAUGAAUUUCUUCGUCCAGAACCUGCCGUGGGUCACAGUGGUAAGAACAUAUUGCUAAAGUCAAUGUCCAUUUUACCAGUAGCAUUGCGGAUACAGUUCUUAGCCGCUAACUAUUUCGGGCUAUGAAUUCCAGAUGCUAGAGGUUCUGUUAAGGAGUUGUCAAGCAUUGAACGUGAAGAACUUGCAUUGGAGGCUGCUAAUUCUUCAUUGUUAAGGUUUCUCUACUUUCUAAAGAACUACUUUCUACGAGAAGAGUGUAGCAUCCGUGUCUUUGUGUUUAGAUAAUCACGUAGACAUAAAAUUUAGUUAAAAUGCUAUUGCUCCCGAUGAAUGCAUGAUAUCAUCUCGUCAUUUUAUUUUUUUGCGAAAUUUAAGCUAAAAAUCUUGCACUAUUUAUUUAGGAUUUCACAUUUCGAUCUGGGUUUUUCUGCAGCAACGCUAACCGGCCUGUGACCAGUUCAGAAUCUUCCGGUGAGAUAAAACCAGGCCAAAGGUUCUCAGCAAAGUUCGACUUGCUACCAGAGUCGAAGCUUGAAGAUGCUCCAGUUGGUACGUAUUCUGCUCCGAUUAUUACUCAUCAAGGAUCUUGGGCCUAUUCAUCAGAGAGCUGCAUUGUCGGCCAAUUUGCUCGAUCCUUUUGGGCUGCUUAUUAUCUCGGUAUUUGGGUAUGAUUCUCGAGUGUUGCCCAUGAACUCCCGUGCUCAUUUGAUCUGUCUCCGUAUCAGGCAGGGACCUGCGAGUUUAUUUAUUCAUAUAUUUGCUUUAUUCUUCUGGGCAUGAUUAACGAGGGCCUCCUAGCCCAGGGAAAAGGAGUAUAUAAUUUUAGUUCUUGAUGAAAUCCAGAGUCUGAAGCUUCCAUUCCUUCCCUGUUUUGUCUCCUGGUUCGAUCAGGAUGACGUUUAAUACCGUGAGAUAUGUGGGCUUUGCAGACCCAAGAUCGCAGGAAGGUAACGGCCAGGAAGGCAUCCCAGCCGCCAUGGUUUCCACCAAUGGGAGCUCUCUCCAGCCGGGGUAAGUAAUCCUUCAACCUUGGAAAAAAAGCUUGCAGCGUCCUCCUCAACCCCUCCUCCUCCUUUCUCAGGUCGUCUUCGAAUCCAUGGAUCAGCGCCUCAGAGGAGGGCCACCAUUUUCCCCCGCCGAGCAACGGGGGCGAACCCGCGGCGGCAUCGGCGGAGCUCCGCCAGAAGAACCCACCUCAGAACGGGACGGUGAUGAAGUCGAUCGAGCAGAUGCUGUCGGAUAAUCGGCCCGCCGCCCGGGGCGGCGGCCGAGGGAGGCGAGUGGCCGUCAAGUCCAGGAGGGGAAGGGGGAGGGGGAAGUGA